AUGGGUUCCUCGCAUCUUUCGUGGCCUGCCGGUGGUACGUUCGUUUCCAGCCCGAGGCCGUGUCAGUUCAAGCAUUGGGGAUCGUUGCGAAGCUUUCCCACUUAUCUCUUACCUCCAUUCUGGAGAGGUACUCCAGUUCCUUCCUCUUACAUCGUCUGCCCCAGGUGGCAUUCAUUACCCGAGCGGUAUUUCUUUCAUUCGCACUUUCCAAUAGCUCUGACGACCAUGACUACAUGGCAACUUGACCACAAGUCUUUCGUUUCACCGACCUCCACUCUCCUUCAAGACGACCUCUUGUUGAUGUCCUCUCCGACAUCGCCCCCGAUUUCAAGCACUUCAUCGUGCUGCGAACCGAACAUGGCCAUCGUCCAGCUCAUGACCACUCUCACAAUAUCGGAUUAUAGUCGCUUCUACGAUGGCCCUAUCGGCGAGUUUCUCCCAACCUAUUCCCAGCUUGCCGACGGCUCUCUCGUCGCGCCCCCAUUCUUGCAGGACCUCAAAGUCGCUUUUGCCAGCUUACUUCUGAUGGGUGCCUACCUGCUGCUUUCGAUUCGGAAUAUCAUUGUUUCCUUCCGUUUCAUCCGCAGAAUGAAGGUCAAGAACAAAGAUCUUUUCUAUAUGUUAUUUGCAAGCCAAGUCCUUUCUCUCGUCAUAUGGAUUCCCUUGGUUGUAGCCAUGUUUGACACUGCCCUGGACUGUACAACAAUCCUUCGAGUGACCCGUUUGUUCUCUUCUGUAUCCACAGAUAUCAUGGUAAGCCUCAUGCAUGAUACAUCCGACCUCCUCCCCGACCUUCUUCUACAGAUCACCGGUAUAUUUGGCGUCAAAGCCUAUCGCUGCCUCGGCAAUGCACGUUUUGUACCAGUCCUGAUGGCACUCCUUCAGAUUGCCAACUCGACGCUUACAGUCAACGAUUUGGUGCAGCUACAUGGGAUACGCGGGUUAAGUGGCCUUUGUUCUUGCUUGCAUCCGUCAGACAUGCUCCCGGUCGUUGUCAUUCUCAUUUUCGUGGAGUCAUUUUUCAUCUGCUGCUGCUGUAAAUGGCCUUUUUCCUUCCUCCGUCCAUGGCAAUGA